AUGGGCCUCUCCAACCUCUUGAUCGCAGGCUGCCUGCUGGUACCCUGGACGCCAAGGCUUGUCAAUGGUUGGUCCGUGGGUGGAAGAGAGUCCGUGGGGCAACAAUGCGGUGUUGAAAAUAAGGAUCGUCGGUCGUUUCUAAAGCUGGUGCCCACCGUGGCUUCCAUUGUGUUGACACAGAACAUUCAACCGUCAUUUGCGGAAGAAGCGGUUGGUUUGGAGGAACCGCCAUCCGCCAAUCUAUCUGGUGAUGCCAAAAAGCUCUUUAAUGAUGGACGAGUGUUUGAGUCGCAAGGAAACAUGGCCGCUGCUCAGCGUCUAUACGCCAAAGUCACAAAGAUUGAGCCACGGGUAAGAAAGAAGAAACAGUGGCUGAAUUUCAUUUAUGGAUGGAGCAACUUGGGAAACACACAAGUGGCAUUGGGUGAUCUUGAACCUGCAGAAUCAUCCUACAGCACGGCCAUUGAUCUUUGCCGAGAAAACCUAGAACGAACCGAGAAAGGAUUUGGGAUCAAACGUUGCGAUGAUCUUUCGGUAUUGCUACUCAAUCGAGGAAGCCUUCGUCUUAACAAUGGAAGACCCAAGGAGGCACUCGACGAUUUGGAGAGUUCCAGUGUUCUGCGAGGCCGACCCGAUGCCAUCAUUGUUCAAAACUUGGCUCGAGCACGGGAAGUCAAUGGCUACUAUUCGCAGUCCGACCGUGACUACAACUUGGCAAUCAGCAUGACCGCAAAUGAAGUCAACCCGUUUUGGUUGAGGUCGGCCCUGGUAAAGCUGCAGCUCGGCGACGUCCAGGGCGGGUUUGACUUGUUGAAGCGGGUCGAUAAUCGAUUCCCAGAGGCACCGGAAGUGCGAGCUGCCUAUGCGACGUUUCUGGCCGCAAAGGGAGAUCAAAUUGCCGCGCAACGCAAGUACCUAGAGAUACCCGAUCGACAGCGCGAGAAAUUCACACAGAAAGAGUACCUUACAAAGGUCGUCACGUGGCCUCCGGCCGCGAUAGAUACGCUGCGUAAAGUCUCGACGGCUGCGGGGGACAAACAAACGUAA